AUGAUGAUAGAAAGUCCAAUAAUAUCAACUCCCGCAAGUUUAUCAAGUCUAAGUGUUGGCGGGAGCAACACUUCUAUACGAAGACGUAGCUUGGUACCACAAAGCCGAGCACAUAAAUUAAAAGAUGAGGAGCGUAAUGAUGACGAUGCGGAGCGGUCAUUAUUGGUGGCUUCGGAGAGGAUGGCGGCGACAUCGACUCCACAAGAAUCUCCUCGUCGGGGGAGGGACACCAUGUCAUCAUCACCUCAAAAAGAACAUUUUCAAGGAUGCUUAAAACUUUAUGCAGAAAAUAAAAUCAACAAAGACAAUGCUUGGAACCUGCAACUUAUUGACUUUAUGACAUCAAUGCUAAGAAGACAUGAUGCUAGAAUGGAUAAUUUACAAACAGCAUCUACAGUGGUAGAUGCAUCAGCCAGGAUCUACUCUUUUAGAGUGGAUGCUGUCCAUUAUGAUGUACUUAAAAUGGCUGGAGGAUUGACUAAAGCUGCUCAGUCAAAAAGAGGUAAAAAAGAUGAUGACAAUGGCAGUCAAGAUGAAGGAGCAGUAGAUGGUGAUACUGCAGCUCCUAAAAAGAAAAAGAAAAGAACAAAAGGAGCAGUAGCUGCUAACCCUGAAGUUUUUAAUGGAGAUUUUGAUGCUGUUGACUGUAUUGAUCCAUUCUUUGAAAGGCUUGCAGCUACAACUGGAGAUGUGACAUCAUCAAACAGAGCAUUUAAUGCAACUUUACCCAUACAUGAUGAAAGUUUGGCAUUAAUAUUGAGGUUUGAUAUAUUAAUAUUAUAU